AUGUACGGAAGCGCAUUCCAUUAUAAUACUGUAAUGAAAAGCAUAUCUGUUCACAUAUUAAAUCCAUAUAUGAUAUCAGAUGAAAGAGGAUUAUAUAGUUAUAACAAAACAAUUCUUUGGUACUGUUGCUCAGGAUAUACAGAUGUUUAUACGAUAAAAUCUGAGACAACUACAUUAGAAAUUGGCGCCUUUGUUCAUUACCAAGGUCCAGGAGUAAAUUUACCAAGUAAUUUACAAAUUAUUAAAUAUCUUUGUUUUGCUUAUUCAAAAAUUACUGAAAUAACAAUGCCAGACACUGUGAAAUCAUUAGAAGGCUCAGUAUUUUUGAAUUGCAAGCAACUCACUCAUGCAACAUUAUCUGAGAAUAUUUCAACAAUUUAUUCAUACACUUUCCAAUAUUCUGGAAUCCAAUCAAUGCAUAUUCCAAAUAAAGCAAAAAAUAUUUACAAAGGUGCAUUUAGCAGUUGUUUGAGUCUUGAAGAUUUCUGGCUUUCAUCUCCUUUGCCUAAAUUCGAUGGAGGUGUUUUCUCCUUGAGUCCGAACAUAAAAUUCAAGUCAGAUGAUGGCACAACACUUAACAUCAAUGAGGAGAACGUGGUGUUCAACAAAGACAAUACUUCUGUCGUUGGAUACUUUGGUUCUACUGAAGAUAUUAUCCAUUUACCAAAUACUGUUAAGAAAAUUGAAACAAGAGUUUUUAUAGAAAAAGAUAAUAUUAAAAAAGUUGUUUGUGAUAAUGGAUGCCAACUUGAAUCCAUUGGAGAAUACGCAUUUCAAAAUUGUAUAAAUUUACAAGUAUUUCCGACUUUUUCCUUUGUGAAACAAAUUGGAUCUUAUGCAUUCAAUGGCUGCGCUUUAAAGGUAGAUUUAGAUUUCUCAAGUCCUCUGACAUUAAUAGAUGACUUUGCAUUCGUAAACAAUCAAUAUUUAUCUAAGGUUUCUUUCGCAUCUUCUUCACUUUUAAGAAUAGGAAAAUCCGCAUUCAGAAAUUGCCCAAAUUUACAGAAUUUAACUUUUGGUGGUACAGCAGAGAUUAAUCUUUCGGAAUCAUGUUUCCAAUACUCCAGCAAUCUAGAGAAACUAACCAUCACCAAUAAAGUACAUUUAGCUUCUCUUUGUUUUAGUUCUUGCGGAUUAAAAAAUAUCACUUUUGAAAAUAAUUAUGUAAGUGAUAAAACAAUUCCAACUUUUUGUUUCAAAGGAUGUACGAACUUAAGUGAAAUCAUUCUUCCAAUAAACUGCGAGACAAUUGAAUUGGAGGCUUUCGCAGGAACUUCUCUAACACAUGUUGUUGUUCCAAACAAUAUUUUAGUUCUUUCAAGACAAUGCUUUAGAGAUUGCGUUUAUUUGAAGAAUAUUACGAUUUCAGAUGAUUCCAGAUUGACUAAAAUAGAAUACGCUGUAUUCCAAGGUUGUUCUUCUUUCAGUUACGUCAAUAGUUUCAACGCUCAAAACUUUUGCAGUGAUAAUGGAGCGAUUUAUACAAAUACUAGAAACAGAAUCAUUGUUUAUCCUCCAGCGAAUAAAAAUAAGUUUUUUGCUUUCUCAGAUCAAGUAAAAGAAAUUGAACAAAGCUCAUUUAUCGGAUGCACAAACUUGGAAGUAAUUUUGAUUCCUGAUAACAGUGUAGUUUCAAUCGGUGAAUCUGCUUUUAAAGAUUGCAUUAAUUUGAAACAAAUCAACAUUCCAAAAUCGGUGCAAUCAAUCGGCGCUGAUGCGUUUAGUGGCUGUGAUAACAUUAGAUGUGGUAUUAUUUUCGAAAAUAAAACAGCUGAGUUUAAAGAGAUGCUGAAGAAUAGCGGCCUUCCUGCUAUUGCUCUUUCAAUUUGCAGUGGUGUUACUUGCAAAGCUCAAAUUACAAGAACAUUUAACUAUUCACUGCUUUUUGUUUUUAUUUUAAUGUAA